AUGAACGACCCAAUCACUAUACCAUUAUGGGACGGGAAACAAAUCGUCGAGAAGGUUGUGACGUAUUACAUCCACAACGACAAGCAUAUUCUCCAAAUAGGACACAAAACUCCAAUUAUCCUUGAGAGUACUUUAAUGCGACUCAAUCCAAAAGACAAAGGCUUGUCUCCAGAGCAAAUACCUCUCAGUUUCUGUUUGAUCUACGAUGAUACCAAGACAUUUGUCUUUCAAUCGAAGACAGUCUAUCGCUCAUGGGUAAACAAGAUAUCAGUGUCCACAUUAAACAUUGGGGUCUUUGGGUUUCCUCUCUCCGUUGGUAUUAAGAAGUCUGGAUGGUAUAUCCCCAAUCCAAUAUACAGAAGUGUUCAGUAUUUGCGAAAGAACGACGGUGUGAAUACGCAGGGCAUUUUCCGGAUGACUGCGGGGAUGGAACAACUUGAGAAAUUGCGUGCUAUUGUCGAUGACGAUGAAGACUUGCGAUUUGAGAGUCGAGACGACGACUGUAUAGUUGCUGCGUCCUUUUUAAAGUAUUAUUUAAGGACUUUACCAGACUCAGUGAUACCGUCUCGUUACUUAUUAGACUUCAUUAAUCUUCCAAAACAACGAAUGAUCAAUAACAAAUUCAUCAUGUCAUUACCCGAAGAGAAUCAGAAUGUGUUGUGGUACAUCUUUUCAUUUUUGGAUGAGGUCGUCCAGAAGAAGCACAUCAACAAAAUGAAUGAAUACAAUAUGGCCACAUGCAUUUGUCUUGUACUGUGCUCGUGUCCGGAACAAGAUGUUCUUGUCACUGGAAAGCUGAUAGAGUCGGUUAUGUAUUUGUUAAAUCAUUUCAACGAAAUGUUCGCGGACGUCGCGCUGAGGAACUGCGACAAAAUGUCUGAGCCGGAAAUGCCCGCGUUUUUUAAUCCACAUAUCGACGUCGCUGACUUCAAGAAUUCAGUCAAGAGCGAGUUAAAGAAGAGAAAUCAUAGAAGAUCUUUAACAUCGACUCUUCCACUCAACCCAAAUACUUUUGAAGGAAGACACACACCACAAACACCAAAGUCGGUUGAGUAUAAAUGUGUCCUUAAAACACUAACGCCACGAGGGUCGAGUGAGUUUAAGACACAUCGACUCAACAUUACACAAACCAAUCCACAGUUACUCUCAAAGAACCAACCAUUCAUUAUGUCCUCAGAAACAAGAAGUGUCAUCGUUGGCACACCAAGAUUUAAGAACGAAGUCUGUCUGCGAUAUGAUGUAGAAAAUUGA